ACAAUUCCUCUCUCACUGCUAUUUACACACUUCUGACACUUUCAUUAUUUUCCAUUUCCCCAAUCUCCAAAACCCUCAUCUUCGCCGAUGACAAAGGAAUUCGCCGUGCCGCCAGUAAUAUUUCCCUCAGGCGGAAACCCCAGCGUCGCCGGAGCCUCCAACAUGCAACAACGCCGCGUUCCAACGGCGCCUUUUCAACCUCCACGUCCAUUAAAUUCCGGCAUCCCAUUCAUGUCAUUCGACAUGGGCUCCGCCGCUACCACCACCGCGCCUUUCGGAGCCGGACCAAUAGGUGGUUCGACCGGAUCAUCCGCCGGAGCAAAUUUCGACGACGAAGAGCCACUCCUCGAUGAACUCGGCAUCCAUCCAGAUCAAAUCUGGAGAAAAACGAAAUCGAUUUUGAAUCCGUUCCGGGUCAACCCAAAUGUACACAAAGAUUCGGAUCUAUCCGGCCCGAUAUUUCUCUACCUAUCUCUCUGCUUAUUUCAAUUACUCGCCGGGAAAAUUCAAUUUGGCGUGAUAUUGGGAUGGAUAGUCGUAUCGUCGAUAUUUCUGUACAUUGUAUUCAAUAUGUUAGCCGGCCGGAACGGGAAUCUCGAUCUCCACACGUGUACGAGUGUGAUUGGCUACUGUCUACUACCGGUGGUUAUGUUAUCGGCGAUUUCGUUAUUUUUACCAAAUGGAGGAGCUAUAAGGUUUAUGGUGGCAGGUAUGUUUGUGAUAUGGGCGACUAGGGUUUGUACCAAUCUUAUGGUAUCAGUGGCUGAUGGCGGCGAGGAACAUCGCGGAUUGAUUUCCUACGCGUGUUUCUUGAUUUACACUUUGUUUUCUUUGCUUGUUAUAUUUUAGUUACAAUCAUUAAUGGAUAAUGCGAAUUGGUAUUUGAAAUUUGAAUUUUUUUGUUUGGUUUGUAGUUUAUAAAAAGUUUGGUAGUUUGAUUUAUAAAUGUUGACAUUGGUUA